AGCUGGUCGCGCAAGCUAGUUCACACGAGUCAGCAUCAGGAAAAGCGAUUGACUUGUUUUCAUUCACUCGCUGAUUGUUGGAAGAACGAAAAACAGCUCCGCCCUAUUCAUUUUUCUUUCACGCUCGCUAUCCUGACACAAAUAUCGCUGCCUGCGUUUUUUUUUUAGUUAUUUUUCAAAUCGACUCGAGAGAAGCAAAAACAACAUCAAUUGUUUAGUAAGCAACCUGUUUAUUGGAUUUCGGUUCGGAUUACUCUUCACGCAGAGUCACCAGUUCCAGCCGAAGUGAAACGUAUCGUCUGUCGUCCUCAACAUUCGAUCUUCUUUUGAGAGUUUCAAGGAACUGUGAAAGCCUAUUAUCGCCAGUUUGCCUCUAUUUCUCCUCGAGUUUUUUUUUCUACCCUGUCCUUUCGAACACGAGCCUGUAUAUCGCCGUUUCAUUAAAGGACGUCAAUCGGAGAAGAGCAGUUCCAGUUCUGUCAAGGAAACAAGAAAGAAAAAAAGAUGCAUCAGAAAUCAGCUCAUUCUGUUCUUAUAGCGGUGAUCGUUCUUAGUCUUCUAGCCGUCUCUAUUCAGGCCUACCCGUCCUGGAGGGGUAGCCGACAAAAGAGAGUCUCCGAUCAGCGACUCGCCGAAUUACAGACUUUGCUGGCCCUGGCCCGUCUCAAAGGCAAGAUGUCUUCAUCGUCCGGCAAAUAUUACGGCUACGUCGACCCAUCCAAAAUUGGUCGCAAGAAGAGGAGCCAAGACGAAGAGUCCGACGGAUCGCUGAUGGACGCUCAGGCGGAAAACAGUAGCCGGUCGGAUGAAGACCGAAACGCAGGUGAAACUCAAGAAGAGAUAUACGACGAUAUUUGGCGUUACUUGCGUGGCAACAAUAAAAUCCGUUGAUCAGGAUUAGGUGCCCUACUCGUUCUCCCCGUCUCACGGCGUUCCGUCUAAGAAAACAAAACUUCCUUUGGAUUUUGAAUCUCGGAUUUCAACGGCAUUAUUUCUUACUCAUUAAAACAAAACUGAACUGGAAUUCCCUCUCAACCGUUCCUACACGUAAGCUGCUCUUUUUUUUGAUUUGACGGUCACAGUCAUUCCUCUCGAUGUUAACGAUGUGAAUUCGAUCAUCGCGCCAUCAGAUCUGAGAUAUUUGUAAAAUGGAUGGCCUUUUGUUAUUUUUUUAUUCAUCCUUCCUUCUCUCCGUUUUCUCGCUAAAAAAAAAAAACUCUAGUCACCAAGCCGGAUGUUUUUUUAACUCUCAUUGUGUGUAUUCCUUAAAGAUGUUCUCGCGAGGCGCGUGAAUGCAGGUAUCGCGCUUGAACAAUGUUCUUCGCACGGUUCUUGACGUUCAUAAAGACAAUGUGCAUAGGAAAUUAUACCUGCCGCUUGAUGUGGCAACCGAAAAAAUAGCUUUUCUCUUUCACUUUGUCUGUCCCAAUAAAAAAAAAAAAAACAAGAAAAAAAAAGCGAUACACCAACUAUUCCGUGCAAGGUGAUCCUCAUUUUUUUUUUUAGUUUCAAUGUAGCCGUGUUUUUUGUUUGGAUUUUUGUCCAAUUCAUCCAAUCCAUUUCCCCGUCUAUUUAUUUAUCAUUUAAUGUAUACUUUAUGACCGAUAUUUGCAUACACAAUAUAUUUAUUGUUAUAUGAAAAUCAGAACAAAAGUUGUACUAACCCGAUGGGGGGAGUUCAGAAAAGAGCCAUCCGAAACACAAAUUGUAUUAUCAAUAACAAUUAUUUUCUUUAUGUUUGUGCACUGUGCGUAUUUAAAAAAAAUAAGCGCUGUCCGUGUGUAUUAUUAAUUAUGCACAACGCAAUAUUUGUCGUUGAUAUAUAUUUGUCCUUUUAUGUUCUCGCCUCCUUUAUUAUAACGUUUGUCAAUGCACCGUCCCCUCUGUCCAUUGUUUUCCCUAUUAUCGUCGUCAAGCUAAGAUAAGCCGGAAUGUAAAACCGGAGGACACGGGAACUGUGAUCCUGAGGCCAACAAAAAAAAGAAAAGAAGAAAACUGCAUCGUUGAAAAGAGAGAAGAAAAUAAAGAAUGGAAUGAUGAUCAGCCAUCGAUGUGACGGGCAGUCACACAAGCCCAUCACAAUGAAAUCAGCCGAUUUAAUAUAACCGAUGUGUAGGCUAAUCUUCUAUGUCCCUCCACCGAAUAAGAAUGAGGGACGCCACAGAGCAAAAAGAAAAAUCAAUACAUGUAAAUGUCGAACA